AUGACUAUCUUUAAAACAUUAACAAAUUUAAAAAUAAAUAACAAUAAUAACACCAAUCAAGAAACCUUAUCAAAAACAUUUAAAAAUGAAAAGUUAAUACAAUCCCAAAAUGAUAACCAAAAAUGGAUUAUGCCAACUAUUUAUUACAGAUACACUGUUGUUCAAUUCCCAUAUAUUUAA